AUGUCGACUGAAAACACGAGCACAAGUUACAAUUCUACUCCUGCCAACAGUGUACCAGGUGCAAUGCCUGCAGGAAAUAUAACAACAAUAGAUGAUAAGAAUGAAAGUGACCUGUCGGGCAAAACUCUUUGUUUGGGAGAUUUACAUUGUUCACAACUUUUAUUACGUAUGAACAAGUUAAGAAAAUCUGAAAGUUUAUGUGAUAUAACAUUGAAAGUGGAAAAUACUUAUUUUCCAGCACACAAAAUUGUGUUAGCAGCUGCAAGCGAUUAUUUUGCAGCCAUGUUUACAGGAGAGAUGUUAGAACGUCAUAUGCCCGUAGUUGAGAUCAAAGGUUUAACGGCAUCUGUGAUGGAGGCUAUUUUGAAUUCAAUCUAUGCUGAACAAGUACCACUUACCAACGAAAAUGUUCAAGAUAUUCUGCCAGCUGCUUCAUUAUUGCAAUUGAACGAUAUUCAAAAACAGUGUGCUGUUUUUCUUGCUAGUCAUUUGGAACCCUAUAAUUGUUUGGGAAUAUAUUGCUUUGCUGAUUUAAAUUCAGUCAAUGCAUUAAAACAAGCUGCACUCGUUUUUAUUUAUCGACAUUUUGCCGAUGUUGUGGCAAGCGAUGAAUUUUUAACAUUGAAAGCAAAUGAAGUCGAAGAUUUAAUUCAAUCAGACGAAUUAGAAGUGCUCAACGAAGAAAUUGUUUAUACAGCUGUUAUAAAUUGGAUUAAACAUGAUUUAACAUUUCGCUCACAAUUUUUACUAACUCUAUUACAACACGUUCGAAUGCCAUCCUUAUCAGUGAGAUUUAUAACGGACAUUUGUGACUCUGAAUGUCUUAUCAAAAGUUCAUUAAAAUGUCGUGAUCUUCUGGACGAAGCAAAACGGUAUUAUCUAAGGCCUGACUGUCGCCGACUAAUGACCGGUACAAGAUUUAUAAGUCGAAAAGAACGAGUUGAAAAAUGGAAUCCAAGAACAAAUGAAUGGACACAAUUACAAUCAUUAACAAAACGACGACGAUAUGCAGCAGCAGCAGCAAUUGGUAAAAAAUUGUUUGUAAUUGGAGGUUACGACGGUCGAACACGAAUGAACUCAGUCGAAUGUCUUGAUUUGAAUCAAGAAAAUUCUACAUGGCAACCAGUUGCUUCAUUAUCAUACAAACGAGCAUUGCCGGGUGUUUGUACACAUCAAAAUAUGAUUUAUUGUGCUGGUGGGUUCGAUGGUACAAAUCGUUUAGCCUCAAUGGAAUGUUAUGAUGACACAACCGAUUCGUGGACUGUUCUGGAUGGAAUGAACAUUGGUCGAGAAGGAGCCGGUUUAGUUGCCGUUAAUGAUCAUCUAUAUUGUAUAGCUGUUGAAAAAUACGAUGUUAUUCUUGGCAGAUGGACUACAAUGGCAUCCAUGUUGACACCAAGAUCCGGAGCUGGCUGUGCCACGAUCAAUAACUUUGUUUACGCAUGCGGUGGCUUCGAUGGCACAAUCCAUUUAGCUACGGUUGAGCGCUUUGACAUUCAAACUAAUCAAUGGACAAAUGUGACAAGUAUGAGUGUAAGAAGAUGCUAUUGUGGAGCGGCUUUUCUACGUGGAAAAAUUGCAGUAAUUGGAGGAUAUGAUGGUCAAACACUAUUAGAUACGGUAGAAGUCUAUGAUCAUGAAUCAGAUACAUGGGAAAUUGAAAGUCAAAUGCCAAAUCCACGUUGUGAUUCAGGGUUCGCUGUUGUGUCAUAUAGACAGUAG